UCAGACAAAGACGGAGAGCUGUCACACCUUUCAGAUGAACGUCUAUGAGUUCAGAGUGAAAGAAAUGCUGAAAGGAAGAUUCAACGAGCGCAGAGUCCGUCUGUUAUGCUGUAGUAAACCGGUACUGAAACAAGACAACCUGUCGGCACUGUAGCUGACAACGUUUACAAUUUUAGCGGAUAAACACAACAUCAGCUUUAUAUGGCAAAGUUCCUCUCCGAGCUGCUUGGAUGUACACUGUCAGAAAAAGGCGCAUCUCCUAUGAUCGAGUGCAGGAGUCAGCCACAUAUCGGAUUGAGGCAUGUCACCAAACAACGGCCUACCAUAUUUGGGACACUGAUUGAAAAACCGCUGGGGGAUCACAAUUCAGACAAAAUGCCUCAGACACCACCGUUUCCAGUGGUGUAUGGGUCCAACAGCUACAACAAGAAUCUCUACCAGACCAAGGAAGAGGAGUAUGAAGGCCUGGAUUACCAUGACAACAACCUGGUGUCAGGGUCCUUGGAGGCUCUUAUUGAGCACUUGGUCCCUACUGUGGCAUACUAUCCUGAUAGGACAUAUAUCUUCACGUUCCUGCUCAGUUCUCGUCUCUUUAUUCAGCCAUAUGAGCUGAUGUCCAAAGUGUGCCAUUUGUGUGUGGACCAGCAAAGACUCAGUGAUCCUCAGGCUGAUAAGACGAGAGUCAGAAAAAUCGCUCCCAAGAUCCUGCAGCUGCUGAGCGAAUGGACAGAGACAUUUCCAUAUGACUUUAGGGAUGAGCGCAUGAUGAAGAGUCUAAAGGAACUAACACAUCGACUGAGCACUGGAGACGAACUUUAUCGUAAAACAGUUCAACAGAUGACUCAAGCAUUGAUCCGUAGUCUCACCACGCUCAGCCAGUAUGAGGAAGCCCUGGCCAAGAUCAACUCCUCUGUGACCGACAGACUAACUGUGCUGAAGACCAAACCUCAGUCUAUUCAAAGGGACAUACUGACCAUCUGCAGUGACCCUUUCACCCUGGCACAACAACUCACACACAUAGAACUGGAAAGACUGAGCUACAUCGGACCAGAGGAGUUUGUUCAGGCGUUUGCCCCGAAAGACCCCCUUGAUAACGGCAAGAGGUGUUUUACGGAUCGCAAGAAAGCAUGUAACCUUGAAGCCUAUGUGGAGUGGUUUAACAGGCUCAGCUACCUUGUAGCGACAGAGAUCUGCAUGCCUGUAAAGAAGAAACAUCGUGCACGAGUCAUCGAGUUCUUCAUUGACGUAGCGCGAGAGUGCUUCAACAUCGGCAACUUCAACUCGCUCAUGGCCAUUAUUACCGGAAUGAACAUGAGUCCAGUAUCACGGCUAAAAAAGACCUGGAGCAAAGUCAAAACCGCCAAAUUUGAUAUCCUAGAGCACCAAAUGGAUCCUUCAAGCAAUUUCUACAACUACAGAACAGCACUGCGUGGAGCCACUCAGAGAUCCAUUACUGCUCAUAGUAGCAGAGAGAAGAUUGUUGUUCCCUUCUUUAGCCUCCUGAUUAAAGACAUUUACUUCCUCAACGAAGGAUGUGCUAACAGGCUUCCGAACGGACAUGUCAAUUUUGAGAAAUUCUGGGAGCUGGCCAAACAAGUGACGGAGUUCAUGACGUGGAAAAAGGUUGAAUGUCCUUUUGAGAGAGAUCGCAAGAUUCUGCAGUAUCUUCUGACCGCACCAGUCUUCAGUGAAGAUGCUUUGUAUCUGGCGUCAUACGAAAGUGAAGGACCAGAGAACAACAUGGAGAAGGACAGAUGGAAAUCUCUCAGGUCAACUUUGCUAAACAGGACAUAAAGGAGUCAUGUGAAGAGCUGAAAAUCAAGUGAACCUCAAGCAAGCUGUGUCCCCCUUUUGACCCCUCCAAAAGUGAGAAGUAUCCCUGUUUUUCAAAGGGAGACGACAAUCCGUAUUUUGCAAAACGAAAGAGCAGCAUCUUUUUACAAGGCCCUUCUCUUUCUCUUUCAUACUGGAUAUUUCAGGCUUUUUCAUCUCUUUGUGCAGACUUUUAUAUUUCUUUUUUGUUUUCUAAAAUGAAGAAUUUAAAUGAACUGAACAAUGUUUUUCGACUACAUAACAACGAUAACUUUGCUGUUCAGAAGUGAUCUAGAUGAUGGUCAAUGCGAACAGCCCCCAAACAUUUUUGAAGUGUCUUUCUUCUCUAUUGACUCUGAGUAUGCCGCUGGCUGGCAAACUCGUUUGGAAGAAGUUGGAAAAGAUAUAACCAGCAUUAUUGUACUGGGUUUCAGUACUGUGUAUUUUUCUUGUACCUAAAACAUUAAUUUAAGUAUGGAUUUAUGUUGUCACUAUGUUUUGAUAUUGUGUUUGUCAGUUUUUUAUGCAUAUGACAUAAAUAAUGCAUUGCUCUAACCUCUGUGAGUGACGAUUUAUGGGUGCGUGAAAAGCCCAUCAUGGGUUGUUGAAUGCACUGGAUGCUUUUGUGAAUAAAGACGUCAAAUUAUUUUCUUGUGUAACUUGUUUUGUGAUAACUCUGCAGCAUACCACUCCCUUUAUAUUUUUUGCUGUUGUCAUGGAUUUGCUGUAGACAUGUUGAAGGAAAGACAGUGUCUCCACAUUGUUUGUUUUCAGUGUUAUAGUCCACAUGCUGUUUGACACAGUAGAGGAAGGAAAGCUCACUGUCUCAGACAAGUCUAACAGUUACAGUUGUUUAACACUUUCAUUAUCUAUGCCAUAGUCAGCAUAAAAUUGUAUUCUAUCGUCUUCUGGUGGUGAAAUGGAAAAUUACACUACAGAUUGUCUUGUUCUUUUCAGGGAGUUGUGAUAUAUGAAGGUUUAUCAUACCUGAUCAUUUGUAACAUGUAUUAAGAUUUUAAUACAUUAAUAUUAUUAAUAUUUUUAUUUUUGCAUUUUAUUUAUUUGAAUCUAUUAUCUCUCUUUUAUUGUUUGAAGUAUUUUAAAGAUACUCUGAAGAUGUAUUGAAUUCUUUCUUAUUUUGUACUAGGUACAUGUUUUAUAGUAAUCAGAUAUUGCCCUAUCUAAUUUUAUAAUGUUUAUAAAACUUUGUAUGAGGAAAAACUAUUUGGAGGUACUAGCACACAGUAUCUUGGUAGUGUAUGUCGGGCUGAUGUCUACCCUUUCCCAUUCUGGAAACUUUCUAAAACAUACACUUUGUUGUUUUCUGUAAUGUAAAUAUGUCUUUUUCUUACUGCGUAUAUUGGUAUGUAUUGUGACUGUUCUGGCAGAUUGUAGAACCUCCUAAAGUGUUGUUGUAUAGAGUGAGAAAAAGGAGUGGAUUUUAAUAAAAGAAUGCCUAUGAAAUUAA